ACACACACUCACACAUACACCCAUCUCCAGCCCCACCACCCCACCAUGGCUGCCUCCACCCUGUCCAUCUGCUCCGGCGACCCGAGCUACGGCAGCCGGGUCUGCCAGCCCAGGGCCUGGGGCUCUUGCCCUGACUCCUCCUGGCAGGUGGACGACUGCCCAGAGAGCUGCUGCGAGCUCCCCUGCUGCGCCCCCAGCUGCUGUGCCCCGACCCCCUGCCUGACCCUCCUCUGCACCCCAGCCAGCUGUGUGUGCAGCCCCUGCCAGUCAGCCUGCACCAGCUCCUGCACACCCUCCUGCUGCCAGCAGUCUAGCUGCCAGCCCUCCUGCUGCACCUCCUCCCCCUGCCAGCAGGACUGCUGUCUGCCCAUCUCCUGCACACUCAUCUCCUGCACACCUGUCUCCUGCACACCUGUCUGUUGCAAGCCCAUGAGCUGUGUGCCUGUCUGCUCUGGGGCCUCCCCCUGCUCAGACUCCUCAUGCUGUCAGCAGUCUAGCUGCCAGCCCUCUUGCUGCACCUCCUUCCCCUGCCAGCAGGACUGCUGUGUGCCGGUCUCCUGCACACCCGUAUGCUCUGGGGCUGCCCUCUGCCCAGCCCCCUCAUGCUGCCAGCCCACCCCCUGCCCCCCGUCCUGCUGCAGGCCCUCCUCCUGCGUGUCCCUCACCUGCCGCCCCAUGUGCAGGCCCGCCUGCUGCAUGCCCGUCUCCUCCUGCUGUGCCCCCGCCUCCUGCCAGCCCAGCUGCUGCCGCCCCGCCUCAUGUGUGUCCUUGCUCUACUGCCCCGUGUGCUCCUGUGCGGCCUGCUGUGGCCCCGCCUCGGCCCAGAAGUCCUGCUGCUGAGGGAUCUUAAAGGCACCCCAAAGCUCACCCCAGAGCUCACUGCCAUCUGCAGCCCCUGGAUUCUUUACCAGGAGCCCAGACAGCUGUCAAGUCCCCUUCAUGGGCCCCCAGUGGGCAUUUGUGGCCACCUGGUCACCCACGUGUAGUCCUCUGAACAUCUCACCCAUUUCUUCAAGUACUGACUUUCCCCAAGUCAACGUGCCCUGCCUCCCCAGCCCAGGUGGGCAGUGACCCCAGCGAGGCCAGCUGGACUCUCCCAGGCCUUUGAAGCUCACGUGGAGGAAGGAGAGAAGAUGAACCACUUGGAGUUGGUUUCUCAUCGCUGUGACAGGACCCGGGUGUGGCCCAGCUUCCUCCACUGGUUCCUGAGCUGGUUUCUUUAUCUUCCCCUCAUUCUCCAACCUGCCAAUCCCUUCCAAUAAAUUCCU